GCACUGUACUUCCUUACAUUCCACCAAGCUAACAGUACUCUAAACAGUAAGUACGUUACACAACGUCAUUGGACAGUUUUCCUCUGACGGCGUCAACCAGACGACUUCGUACUCGCCUGAGGAGUCUUUAAAUUCCACACAGUCUUCUUCGCUGAGCUCCGACACCUCCAGAAAAUAAGCAGGUCCGAAGCCUCAUCAUGGCCGACUCCUGCAGAACUGCGGACGAUGCGAGGGUCGCAUUUCAGUCCUGUAAAAGUCCUGAUCCAGAACAUCGUGUUCAGUUCUACGACACCUGGACAGAAAACUACGAAAAGGAUCACUCCCUGAUGAGCUACAGAGCCCCGUACCUGGCCGUAGACGCCCUGUCUGAAAACUUCUCUGGGAGUCCUGGAGAAGCUCUGGUCCUGGAUGUCGCCUGCGGGUCUGGAUGGGUCGCUAAAGUGAUGGUUGAACUGGGCUUCAGGCACUUUGUCGGCGUGGACGGCAGCAACGGCAUGCUGGAACUAGCUGCUAAGACUGGCCUCUAUCAGGACCUCAGACUGGCCUUACUGGGACCACAGCCGCUGCCUGCACAGACCGGUGUGUUUGAUGUGGUGAUCAUCGUCGGUGCUCUGGAUGCUGGUUUCGUACCGGUCAGUGUCGUCAGGGAGCUCUGCCGCGCCGCCAAACCAGGAGGGUUGGUCUGCAUGGCGAGAGGCGACCACACAGGAGGACCAGCACAGCGGUACAAGCAGGACCUGGAGAGAGAGCUGCAGCUGAUGCAGGAGGAGGGACUGUGGAGUCUGGUAGGACUCAAACAGACAGACAGAUACAUGGAGAACCCACACCUGAACCCUGAGAGAGACAGGAAGCAGCUGCAGGAGGAGCGCUUCAUCAGCGGGACUGUUUACCUGUACGAGAAAUCCAUUGAUCCAUCAAAAUCAACUAACCAGAAGUGAUUCAACAGAAAUAAAGGAAAAUCCAAAACACUAACU